UUUUUUCAAGAAAAAGGUUCUGGCGGCGCUACGGCAGCGGCAACAGUUAUGAACCAGCUGCGCGUGCGGUACCACCAGCUGAAGAUCGACAUGUUCGCGCUGUACCAGGCCACCAUGGACAGCCGGGGCGUGAAGGUACACCGCGUCGAGCAGGCGCUGGGCGACAUCCACACCCCUGGGCCCAGCGGCGUCCAGCUGCGCAAUGAGGACGAGGCGUACGUUCAGGCGCUCGGCGAGAUGGAGAAGAAGAUAAGCGUCGGCGAGCACGGCCGGCGCCGGCGGCACAUGCUGCGCAAGCUGAACUUCUCGCGUCCGUCCGGGGAGGCGGAGUCGACCGAGGCGGCGCCGUGCGUGCCCGAGGCGCCCCGCCACGAGACCGGCUGCCGCGAGCUCGACCGACACAGUAACAUCACGGUGCUGCGCUGCUACCGCUGCACCAAGCGCUUCGACGACAGAACGGGCCUAUUCCAGCACUGGCGAGACGAGAUCAACUGCCACAUCGUGUGCCUCUUCUGUCGAGAGGAGUUCAUCACCAACGCCAAACACGACCAGCACAUCCGGCUUUGUCAGGCGCUGGUCUGCGCCCAGUGCAAGACCCAGUGUCCGGAUUACCCGGAGUACGAACACCACAUGCUCGUCUGCCAGUACGCCAGCAAGUGUGAGCCGGUGGAGGUGCUGGCUGCGCGCGUACAGUGCCCCUACUGCGACCGGCUCUUCACGCAGAUCCAUAUGUUCAAACGCCACCUCAAGCUGCUGCACGAGGUGGAGCACAUGCAGCGCUUUGGCCUCAAGAUCCAGCGCAAGUUUCGGCCGAACGAGCGCGAGUUCCCAUGCCGACAGUGCGGCCGCACCUUCAACCGCGUCUACAACCUCAAGAUGCACCAGCUGUCGCACGGCCGGCACGGCCAGUACCGCUGCGAGACGUGCAACAAGACGUUCCGCUUCCGCUCCAACCUGGACCGGCACGCGCGCUCGCACAACAACCAGCAGCACGUGUGCCGCCUCUGCAGCCAGGAGUUCCGGUUGCUGCGCCAGCUGCGUGGCCACAUGAACCUGGCGCACGACAAGGACGUUUUCGCGUGCGACAUCUGCCAGAAGAGCUGCGAGGGCUACCAGCGGCUGCUGGCGCACACGCGCACGCACCACUCGCAGAAGUCGUACUCGUGCGGCGUGUGCGGCCGCACGUUUGCCACCAAACACAAGUACCGCGAGCACAUGAACGUGCACGAGGCGCGCUACACGUACGAGUGCCACCUCUGCUCGGAGCGCUUCUUCACACGCGACCACCUGCGCAAGCACUACCGCAAGCAGCACCCGGAGGUGAAGCGGCUGCCUCGGCGGGCGACCACGCGCCGGCCGCUCGAGGAGCGGCGCCCCUUCUUCGAGCCCGCCGACCUCGGACCCAUGAUCAACGACACGGUGACGCUGUACCAGGCGAGUGCCGACAGCGGGGACGCGUCCGUCGUCAAGUUCGAGGUGGUUGGCGAGCCGUGCGAGGAGCAGGUGGUCGAGGCGUUCGCAGCCGACCAGACCAGCCAGGAGAUGAUGGACGGCGGCUACCAGGUGUACGAGGGUUCUGAACAACACGUGCUCGGAGAGUACAGCACGGUGGCGGAGGGUGACGCCUACAGUACCGCCGGGCCCUGCCAUCGAGGCACGCACCCGGUGCAGUACUUCCAGCAGCAGGUGUCUGACGGGGUCGAGGGCUCGGCCACAUUGCUGAGUCUGGACCCGGCGCCGGCCGGCCCCAUCUCGGACGUGCCAGAGGGCGCCACCGUCAUGACGUACAUCGUGCCCGAGACCAGCUCCUCUCAGUUCAGCGUGCAGGACAGCGGUUGGGCCGGCGCCGGCCUCUUCGGCUUCCAGUCGAUGACCACCCCGGAGAAGGGCGCGACGCUGUACGCGGCGGCCGGCGCGCGCGGGCCCGUCUCCGCCGCCGCCGAGGACGGUCUGGCCACCAGCUCGUUAUUCCUGACGCCUGACAAGACAGUGCUGGCGCCGCAGAGUCUGUUCAUGACGCCAGAGCGGGCCAUCGGCACCUCCCAGGUGGCGUUCGUGACGCCCGAGAUGUCGGCUGCCCACCAGGCGGCGCUGCUCGCCACGCCCGAGCGGGACGCUGCUGGCACCGCUCAAGACCGAGAUGGGCCGGAGCGCACCGCCGACCGGGGCCGCGACGGGGCCGGCGGCGUGGGCGGUGUGGCGUUCGCCUCCCCACGACAGGCGCCCACGUUCGCCUCGGUGCUGACCGAGCAGCGGUAG